AUGGUCCCACCUGGCGUCAUACGCCCAUUAAUCAUAUCUCGCUUAGCCCCUAUGGCAAUAUGCUAACAGUUUUUUCGCUAAAUUUCCUUAAAUUUAUUGACUCUACAAGGUUAGAGGCUAUAUUUAGUUACGAAUAUUUAGGAGUGAUUAUAUGAAUGUACUAAUAUUACUUCAGGCUUUCAAGGCACCAUAAGAUCAAAAAAAUCUUUUUUUAUUAUUAGUUUGUUCAAAUAAUCUUGUGCCCUCUCUAAAAGCUAUUUUUUAGAAUUAGGGGCACAGAAUUAUUUGAAUAACCUAAAAUGUUCUGAGUAAACUAAAACUGAAAAAAUACCGCAAUCUUUUUACCGCUAUACGUCAAGUAAUGUCAAUCACGUUUCGAAAGUGUCGAUUUUUCAAAUAUUUUUUGUCGCCAUUAUUCAAGGUAAUUUAUUUAAUUCCAGCUCGAAGCCCAAAACGAACGGUUGCGGCAACAGAACCAACGUUGCGCGAAUGAGCUAAAAGCCUUGGCUUCAUACGCCGAGAAGACCAAACAGUGGCGACAGUCUACAUUGUUUUCACAGAGCGUUUCUGUAAGUUUUUUUGUAAUAUGAUUUUUUACAUAGAUUUUUACUUUUUUACUCACUUUUCAUUCGAAAUUAUGAUUGUAGGCCUAAUAUAGGGAUAAUAAGAAAGAUUUGUUAGGAGCAGGAUGAAGCUGAUGUCAGACGAGGGUAGAAAUAGGAUAAUAGUACCGUAGGGUUAAGACGAAUAAGGUGGGUUAGGACAGAGCAGUAUACGGAACAGUCUGGUAAGUUAAAAGCGUCAGGAUUGGUAGGACAGAGAAUGGUAUAGUAAGGCAGGAGGAGGUAAGGGUAGAAUAAGAUAUGAUAAAUCAGGGUAGGGUAAAGUAGGGUAGGGUAGGGUAGGGUAUUUCUCUUUACAACCUAUUCAACCCUAAUGGCAUCAUUACUCAACCUUUAAGAUAAUUCUAUCUUAUGCCCCAAGCAUUACCACUACGUCAAUAUCUUGCAAAUUUCCCUUUAUUUCCUAUUUUUUUUUCCGCACAAUUCCGGCUCCAAUAUCCAUUUAUUUUUCUCUUUUUUUGUUCCAAAAAAAAUUUUAAACCCCCCAGGCGAGCUCAUUUUUUAUUUUCGUUUCCCUUUGACCGGGGCGCGGGUAUCGUGCUCACCGGGCAUUUUUUGUUUCAUAAAAUAUUCAUGCGGCCACACUUUCAUGGUCAUUGUUUUUUAAUUGUGGAGUUUGGCACGUUUUCUUGGCCAUAUUCUUUAUGACAAGGUCGGGUUUUGAUGACAUAGUCGCUUGUUUGGUGACAUAGUCGCUUUCUGUGGGGAAAUAGUGGUUUUUUUUUAUGACAUUUAUUGUUGGAGUGGGUCGGAAAAGUGACGGAUCUAAAGGGAAAUGACUAAAGUAUUAUGUUUUUGUUUUUAGUACAGUAAUAUUACGGUAACAUUGGGAGAAUAAAUGCUACCUUUAUACUUUUUUACCCUUCACUCUCUCACAUAUUAUACUAUGAGAGACGUAAGGAAAAAAAAUUUACUGUAAUGUAGUUACAGUAUCCUUUUAACUUGUAAACUAGUAUUUUUAAGCUUUAAGUAAUAAUUUUAAAUUUAAAACUUUUAAAAACAUUUUAAAGCUUAAAACGUUGAUUAUGUCAAUUGUGAGCUUAAAAAGUCAUCAUCUUCAUGUCACUUUUCUGACAUACCAUAGAUUACAUCUAGAAAUGACAAUUCUGAGCUAAUCUAUUCAAAAAAAAUUUUAGUUUUGAGCCAAAUUUAGUUAAACCCUCUUUUUUCUAAAAGUUCAAAGGCUUCAAAGAAACCGGUUUUUGAAGUUUGGGAACCAAAAAAACUGUUUAAAAUCGACGGGUUUUUCAAUUUUUUAAAUCAAUGGCAAAAUUAUACACAAAUUGACCGGCCCCUCUACUGACCAAGUUUACCCGUCAUGUAUUGAUCAUACCGAAGGUUUUUCAAAUUUUCUCAAACAAUUUUUUCAAAAAAAAAAUUUUUUUUUGAAAUUAUGCUAUGGCAUGCCAAUUUUUUUAUCAUCCUCAACACCAAAACCAUUUUCCAAAUCACCAAAAACCAUUUUUUUCGAAUUCCAAAGUCAAUCUUCCCUAUCAUUUCCAAGUCAAAGUCUUUGAACUUUUCCCUCGAAAAACCCCUCCGGCCAUUUGUGGCGGUUUUCCGCCGCAAUCGGCUUUGAAUAAAUAAUUUGGGAUGCGAUAUUCGGAACGAUAACAGUGUCUAGUGUUUUGAGGCCCUAUUGUUCGGAACUUUCUCCCAGCGGGAUUCCCGCGCCUUCGCCUCUUUAACCAGCCCAUCUUCUUUCCGGAUUUCUAACACCGCAUUCAAGGGGGGGGUUGUUUUUUGCGUCGAUGAUAAGCUGCGUGAAACCGAGUGGGCAGGUGGUGUUUUUGAAAAUAUUAUUCAUCAUGACCUAGCCGUUUUAUUUGGGUUGGUGUAAACAGUAGGGAAGGGGGUUUGGAAUCAGGGCAUGGUGAUUUUGAAUAACAUCGUCUACGUUUCUUUUACGAUACUGGACCUUGCCCUACUGUAUUCCACUCGACCCUACCCUACUUUACCCUACCCUACCCUGCCCUGCCUUACCAUACCAUAUUCUACCCUACCUUACUUUACAUUACAUACCCUAUAUACCCAACAUACAACAGCACCUCCUUCUUUUGCAUUACCUCUACCUUAUCGCUCUUAUGUCUCUCCAACCCCCAAAACUUCUAAAAUCCUAUUUUCAGGGUACCCUCCCCACGUGGAUGGAGUCGCAAGCCCGAACGUCGGAUGACAGUGGCUUGACCUCAGACGACACACUCGGGGAUCGUCACAUCCUCCAACACCCCAACCUUCACAUAGUUUCCGAAUCCUUCCGCACGUUGAUGACCCAAUCCACCUCAGCCAUCAGUUCAUCUGGAGCCAAACGAAGUCCUCGCAAAAGUCUUGGCAAAACCCUGGACUCUUCCGGUACCUCAACCUUAACCAUGACUCAGGGCAUUCAAAGCUCCAUCAACAGCCAAUACCAUCAGAGUUCGAGUACAGAAUCUUCACCAUCAAGCGAACAUCCCGAACCUGUGCCUCAGCCGAGGAAGCAGCGGCCGAUUAUGGGCGGCCAAAUGAUUUCCAUGUCUAAGAUCAAGAAGCAGAUCGAACGAGAUUCACUGAACUCGUACGACGCAGAGGAUGACGGCGAUUCUGACGACGAAAUCUUUGACGAAAUUGUGUACGAUGAAACUGACGACAAUUUCCACGCCAUUGGAGAAGAACCAGCUAUCAAUACAGACAAUUUCAACUCAAAAACUCUGAAGAAAGACGCACGAUACGCUGAUUAUGUCAACCUAUCUGACUUUUGCACGGUAAAAGACUACACGCCAAGUGAAGAAACAGAAGUUAACAGAGCUUCAUUGCCUUAUCUUUACUCUGACAUCCUGAGAACACAACCUCAACCUCCUAAACACAAACCGGCUUCACAAUGGGAGCAGAAGCUGUACAGAAAUGCUGAAAAGUGUCUGAGUGUGGUUGAAAGUAACUGUUCUGCUUCACCGUGCUCGUUCUCGCCGUUAGUACCGCGAGAUAGUCAAAGGAUCAGUGAUUUAUCGAGUAUCAGGGAUCGGAGUCCUGCCAAGUUUUCGAAAAAUUCAGUGAGUUUUAAUUUCAUUUUGAAAUUAUUGAAAAAAAUUUAUAUUAUCCAUGGCAAAACAGCUUUUUUAGCCAAAAAUUAGUCAAAAAUCAUAAAAUUGGACAAGGUUUUAAUCACAAAUAAACUGAUUUAUAGUAUUGUCACACUUUAUUAUGAAUUUCCCUACCAUUUUGUUUACCAAAUCAUAACAUAUACACCUUCAGAUCAAUGGCGACCUUCGUCUAUCAAAACAUCACUCCUCCUCGUCUAAUCCAUCCAACAAACAACUCACUCCACCUGGUCGUGAUUCAGAUUCCGGGCUUGGUAGAGGCUCCGGAAACUCAGCUACUGGACUAGCACCUCUCGCCGAAUCUCCACCAUUAGGUAUGGCACGAACUCAUGCUCCAGCAGUACCAACUGACAACGACGACUACGCGUUACCUCCGGAUGCUUCUACCCCCGUAUCACGACACAACUCACCGUACUCGAAUCGGGUAUUAACAUUGCCCAGGAAUAGAGACACCGUCGUGCUGAGUAGUGCUGGAUGUUCACCAUUACAUCAGCCAUUGGGAAUGCGGACUUCAUUGAUUCCUACCCAUGAAAAUGUAUGUUCGAUAUAAGUUACAAAUAACUUAUGAUAAAAACGCUAUUAUUGAUCAAUCUCCAACUAAAAAUUUGGAAAACUUAACAAAACUUUAUAUUAACCAUGCUAUUUUAGAUGGAAAAAGCAGGUUACCUCACCCAAAUGUCAGACAAUCGCCUCCGUUCACUGAAAAGACGCUACAUCGUACUUAAAAACGAUAAGCUCGAUUUCUACCGCACAGUAAAAGACAAAAUGAAGAACGAUCCACCAUCAAGAACGAUCCAACUCACGGAUGUCACAGCUGUUACUCGAAUAACAAGCAAAACUGGCACUCAUGGUAUUCAAAUUAGCACAGAGAAUGAAAAGCUCAAGUAUCAUGCUGAAAACGACAAAGUGACAGAAGAAUGGUUUACAGUAAUCAGCCAGAACAUACGACAACUCACCAUCAACGAGCUGAGUCAGAAAGCCACACGAACUGAAGCCAUCCUCUCUGGAUGGGUAACAAAGGUCAAGCAUGGACAUCAGAGAAGAUACUUUGCUGCUCUGAUUGGUCAUAAAUUGUUGUUCUUUAAGAAGGUUGAUGAAAAGUUACCAUGUUCACAUAUUGCACUACAAGGUUGUGUCAUCACAGAGAAGUCGAAGGGAUCUAGUGAUGAAUACAGUGGUUCCAGUGACGAAGCCAAUCCUGAACUAAUGCCUGAAAUACCUGGCACUUCAAAUGCUUCAAGGUCUUCCAGUUCCAGUCAGCCGGAGAAAGCCGACUACAGUGUUUGCAUCGAAGGCUCCAACGCCGAUCCAGUCUACCUUAUGUUGAAGAACGUAGAGGAGAAGGACAAAUGGCUUUAUUAUCUAAAACUAGCAGCCAAAGACCCCUCAAUGUGUGGCACGGCAUUCGAAGUUCUAGUCCAAAGACUCAUGUUAGACACGAAUUCAGAAUCCGACCUUUGGAACGAUGUUCUCAUGACGAAACCAGAAGAAAAACCUUCAGAUACCUUAAUAACCAUUGAAGAACCCCGUCUGAAAAAGAAAGCUCUUGAAAACGACAUGGCCAUAUACCUGUUUUCAUCCGUCCUGAUGCGGCCAAUUGCCAUGCAAUAUCACGUUGAUCUCAGCCAAAACAUAUUAACCACCGCCCUCGAAAACACCCCUCUGAUUGAUGAAUUAUACGCUCAAUUGAUCCGCCUCACCUGCUCAAAGAUGGAAACCUCCGUACAGGCGUGGAAGUUGUUGACUAUGGCUAUUCCAUUGUAUUUACCAAGCAAAUACAGCAUCUUCUGGUUGCUACGGACUCAUUUACAGCGAUGGAAGGUCAUGGGGUAAGUCAAGAUCGAUUAUUAUUACCUAAAAUAAAAAAAAUUAAAUUAAAAUAAGAAAAGAACGUUUUACUGUUUUGGUUUACGACCAAAAUAACAAUUAUACCACUUUUUUUAUAGUUUACAUCAAAAUCUUUUAUUUGUGACGAAGUGUAACAAACAGUAUCCGAAAAGCAUACGAAGUGUCACAUAUUUUGGGAAUUUUAUCGGAAUCUACAGAUUUUUGUUUAAUCUUGUUAUCACCUGUCAUUUUAGUGAUGAAAACUCCAAACUAGCUGAAUUUUGUGAAAACUUGAUAGUAAAGAAGCAGAAAGCUGGCGACCGACGCGAAGGACCCUCAAAACUCGAAGCUAUAUCAAUAUUGACCCGAGAUCCUACAAGCACAACAUUACCUUUCUCAGUACCGAUUCAACUACCUUCAGGAGACUUUCAGGUCAUUGAAUUCGAUGGUUGCACCGAAAUCGGGCAAUGUCUGAGUUCUUUGUGUUUGAAGUUGGGAUUGAGGCCAGCUUUGUUGAGUGGAUACGCGCUUUAUGCCCAGGAGUUGAACGAUGAAGACAACUACAUAUUGUUGAAGAACAAACAAAAGGUAAGAGUUUUCUUGUAUUGUGUUUUUUGGUUUAGGGAGAUGUUUUGGACUAGAAUAUGUAUUUUUAGGGAAGAUGCAUAUAUUGUGUUAGGUUUUCUUUAGGUUUUGCUAUAAUAUUAGGUAGAAAACUCAAAUUUUUAAAAUAUUUUGAUAGGAAAAACGCUUUUUCUGAUAUUCAAAUAGCAAAGCAUAGUUUUUACUAAUUUUAUUUUAUAAUAUAUGUUAAGGACGAUCUAAAUUUCUUUAUUUUAGCUAUGCGACUGCCUAACAGCAUGGGAAAAGCAAGUAAAAGAUAUGCGUUGUGGUCGCGUAACAGACGAUUCUUGCUCUAUCCGACUUCGUCUCCGUCUUCGCCAUUACUGGUCGAAUCUGAUUGAUGAAGAAACCCCCAUGGAGAAGAUCUUCUUGUGCUACAGAAUGGCGGAAGAAAUCGUCAAAGGCUACGUCCCUAUGUCAAACGAGUUGGCAGAGGAAAUGACAGCUUUAUACGCUCAAUUAUGUUAUGGUGACAUACCUCCGAAUCCUGAAACUCCGCUGAAUCGAUCUUUGGAACGAUUUUACCCUGCCAAAAUGCUUCAAGUGGUUAAUAUGAGGAGUUUGAAGGCUUCAGUAGAACACCAUUGGAAGGAUUUGAAUGGAGUUGGACUAGCUGAGUGUGUGAAGAUGUUGUUGACGGUGUUGAGAAGAUGGAGAUUCUUCGGAGCUUUCAUCAAGACAGCCAAAAUGAAGAUGCAAAAGGGAGAACAGAUCCUGAUUGCUCUUACUGAUCAAGGUGUUCAUCUGCUGAAUGAGAAGCAAAUGGUAAGUUUGGAAAUAUUUUUAAGGUUUUUUUAGUUUAAUAAUGAUCUUCAUUAUCUAUAAUAAAGAUAUUUUUUUGUAAAAUACGAUUCUCGUCUAGUGGUUUAUUAAUAACUAUUUUCAGGAUCUAAUCCGAUCAUUUCCUUUUCAUCGCUUGGUCAACUUUGGUGAAUAUCAUGGAGAUUUUAUGAUCUCUGUGUCUAGAAUACUACCUCCAGAUGCUCAUCCAGAAGAAACGCCACGAGAACGAUUAACUUUUGAAAUGUCAAAGGAUUCUAUUGAACAGGUAAGCUUAAAUCAUCAUUUUAAUUAUGGAAAGUCUUUAAUUAUAGCUUGCAUAUACUGUUUUAGGUCAUAAAAUAGAGUUCAAAAGUUUUUUAUUGUAAGAAAAGGAUGUUUUAAGCCUAAAGAAUGUCAUUUUACAAGUUUUCAUACCACAUUAACACUAACAUAAUAUAUUUUCAGCUCACAACCCAUCUUGCCGAAUAUAUCCGCUGCCAAUCUCUGGUCUGGAAACUCUCCGGCCGCCAUAUUUAA